AUGGCAGAACAAUCUGCGCCGCCAACCUUCCAUCGGCUCGCGCUACACACCCACUCACAGGCUGCACCCACGGCCGUGGUGCGUAUCUCUCGAUUUCCUCCAGCAUCUUUCGUACACAAUCUGAAUCCCGUGCCUUGUGCUUCACUCACCCAUACAGCUGAAAGUAAAUCCCGGCACUGUUUUCACGACAUAAUCGUACACUCAGUCGCGCAGCCCGCAUCAUUAAAAUCAUUGCAUCCACUGCGUCCUCAUCGACCCGUCCCCUUCCCGCCUUCCCGCUUCCUCUUUUCCCGUUCAAGUCUCUACUCAAUCUCUUUAAAGCUUCUUCGUAUUGCCAAACCCCGCCUCUCCUCUCUGUACUACUUUCUUCACCCAUCGCGCACUCAAAAAUAG